UCGUACCAUGGUUGAUCAGUCAUAUAAGACACAUACACAACCACCGCCGUUCCCAUUAGCUAUGCCUCCUUUGUCCUUCUCAAUCUCGCAAGUAAAGUUUACCACCACUUCAUGAUGAUUUUCUCUCUACCUUGGGUUACCCAAGGGUAACUGUCAUCUACAUUGCACGUUGAAUUGCCAACUUUACCCACUCAUUUAUAUUGCGAAAUUACACAGACACCCCUAGAUAAACAUAUCAAGCUUGAAUUCGCUCGUUAUCUUUUGCCAUUAAAAAAAAAAUUUGCACCUUCAGCGCGAGCAUUAAAAAGGGAAAGAGCACUCCUUUUGCUUGGUUUCUCCGGGCUGACCUGCAAUCUCCUCCGGCGUACGGCAGCAGCGAUUUUCCAGUUUUUUCUCUCCUCUUCAAAGGUGUGCUAAUUAAAGAUUCAGCUGAAAAAUAAGAUAAUGGAAUCAUCUUCUGUAAUUAGCCCGAAUGAUGUUUUGGAGUCUUUGAUGAAUGAUGGAACUAUUGACGCUUUGAGGUUGAAGAUUAUCAAUCAGCUUAAAGCUAAUGAGGAGUUAAAGAAAACAACAAUAACAAUGGUGGAACAAAGCAAGGUUCUCAACACACCUGGAGCAGAGAAGCAGACCAAAAGGGAGCUUUUUGAUUCUCUUCGACAGGAGCUUGAAGCCCCUGUGCUUGAGAAGGCCUCUAAAUCGGUGUGGGACUUAAUUUUAGAUGAUAAUGGUUUGGGGAAGGAAAUUAGCGAAACCGUUGAGAAAGUCUUUUGCCGAUUAAGUGGCCGUGAACCUCCUUUGUACUCUGCUUCAACCAGUGAGGCCCAGCAACAGGAGAAAGAACAGGACGAGAAUCCGGCUUCUGCUUCGAAGAAAAGAAGUUUCAAUGAGAUAAAUGGAGCAGAGAAAGUAGAGAGAUCUGAUGAUGCCCCAUCUGCAUCUGAGGAUAGAAAUCCUGUUACUGACAUAAAGACUUAAUUCAGAUUAGUGUUUCGGCCUCUAAUUGUUAGAAAAUGGUUAGACAGGUGUAACAUUUACUUGGUCUGGUGUAACUGUCUUAUUGUAGUUGAAGAGGGUUCCUCUAAGGGAUGAUCAGCAUUGUUCGAUAUAAUAAAUCUGUAGCUACAUUUGUAACUUGAUCUUUUAUCAUAGUGCCACUACUGGAUUGUAUAUGUAGGAAAAUUUAUACGUACAUAACCCGUGAGGUAGGUUUAUUACUGUAUUGCUAGGUUGAUCUGGAUUUAAAUUGA